CUCUCUCUCUCUCUCAUCUAAAAACAAUAAUUCCUUCUGCUCCAUAAGAACUACUAUUCCCAAAUUUAUUUUGUAUAUUUCCCUCUCUGGUUUAACCUCAAUGGAAAAAUACUCUCACUAUUCCUUGUGGAUUAAAAGCAACAAACGCUUUCUGUAUGAUACCAUGCACUUUCAAGGACCGAUGAUCAAUCGUCGGUUCAACAGCUCGUGGGAAGAACAAGCUUUCGCUUACAACUCGGGGUUCGUCUGGCCGCCGAGAUCUUAUUCGUGUAGCUUUUGCAAGAGGGAGUUUAGAUCAGCUCAAGCUCUUGGAGGCCACAUGAAUGUCCACAGGAGGGAUAGAGCUAGGCUCAAGCUACUUGUCUCUCCACAAAAUGAAGUUGUUCAUCAGCUAAACCACGAUACCCCAUCUCAGGUUUGCUAUGAAAAUUCCAAUCUUGACCCUAGCGGUAACCCUAGUUUCCUGUCAACAUCACCUCAUGGCCACUACUCUCCGUCUAGGAUUUCGCCGGAUUCAAAAACUGCAGGCGAAAAGGGUACUAGGAGAGAGGAUUUUGUUGAGAAUAAUUUGUUUGUGGGACGGAAUUCGGUUAUUUCUCAAAACCGACCAUGUGGGUUUGAUGUUGAUCAGGAGGUAAUAUGCAGUAGUCAUAAGAGACAUAAGACUAGUAGUACUGUUUCAUCAAGUUUUCAGAGGUGUUGUUUACAAUCAGAGGUGCUUGGACUGAAAACUGGAUCAUUGGAGGAAUUGGAUCUUGAGCUCAGGCUUGGUGAUCCACCAAAUUAA